UGACAAGUGUCAUACUCAUUUUAUCUCAUAAAGUGUAGCCAUGUGUUUUAAAUGACGUAAUUUUUUAAUUUUUGCUGAAACAUUAUUGUAAUCGGGAUUCAAUAAUACGAUAUAGCAUAUAUAUAUAUUCCAAAUAUAGCAUACAUAGAUAUCAUUGUCAGGCUCUGAUAUAUAAUAAACCUAUUAGAUAUUUCGGGGUAUAAAUAUAACAUCAAAACAAUAUUGAUCAUCAAUUUAGAAGUUCGUGAUUUGUGUAAUAAGUUUUAUUAAUCGUCCGCAAGAUGUCGCUCAAACGAGUUCUAAUUGUAAACAAAUCGUUCCCAGUCGCCGGCUUAGAAUUAUUAAAAAACAAGGUUGAAACCAUCGUGCUUCCCCAUCUGGAUUACGAAGCCGAGAGCUUGCCGAGUAUAAAGGACAACCUCAAAGGAAUCGACGCUUUAAUAUGGAACACGAAACACAAACUUACUGGAGAAUUAUUAACAUUAGCAGGACCUCAAUUAAAAGCAGUAUCAACAAUGGCGUCAGGCAUCGACCACAUUGAAGUGGCAGAAAUCAAGAAACGUGGCAUUCCAUUAGGAAACACUCCACAAGUGCUUGAUGACGCAGUAGCUGAUAUAACUGUUGGACUCAUGAUUGCUGCUGCAAGGAGGUUCAAGGAAGGAGUUCAAGAAUUAGAGGCAGGCGAAUGGAAGUAUGGCGUCCAAUGGAUGGUGGGCCAGGAUAUUUCUGGCAGCACAGUUGGAAUCGUAGGCUUCGGGGGUAUUGGGCAGGCAGUGCUCCGAAGACUGAGGGGUUUUGACGUCGCUAAGUUUUUGUACAGUGGACGCACUGACAAACCUGAAGCAAAAACUUUGGGAGCAGAACGAGUACCUCUUGAACAGUUGUUGAGGGAGAGUGACUACGUGAUCCUGGCGUGCCCUCUAACGAAGGAGACCAAACAUCUGAUCAACGCAAACUCACUAAAGACGAUGAAGAAGACAUCUGUCGUCGUUAACAUUGGGAGAGGAGAGCUAAUAGACCAAGAAGCCUUGUACGAUGCUCUCAAAGAGAACCAGAUCUUCGCAGCAGGAUUGGAUGUCACUACUCCAGAGCCAUUACCGAACAACCAUCCUCUUGUGUCUUUGCCAAACUGCUACAUUAUACCCCACAUGGGUAGUGCAACCGUUGACACCAGAAACAAGAUGGCGUCGAUAUCAGCCCAGAACGUGUUGCUGGCAUUAGAGGGAAAACCUAUGCUGUUCCCUUGUUGAAGAUUAUUAACUCAAUAUAUUAUAUUUCAAAUCAAUUGGGCA